GCUGUACAGGUCUCUGUGUUACUUUGCCUGGCCUCUGAACCGAUUUUACAGGUCCCCGAUGAACCCAAAACACAACGAAAAAAGGGAGAGAGGCGCUGGAAAGUACUUAUCUGUACUUUAUUUUCAAUAUCCGAACGGAACAAAAGCUGUUUUGGCCACCGCGUAAAAGUCCAUGGAGCCGCUGAAGAACAUAUUCUCCCGCGGCCAUCUGACGAACUGGAAAAGUCUCGAACAAUCACAAAAGGGAAACUUCACCAACCCAGUGUGGACAGCUUUAUUCGACUAUGAGGCCUCGGGCAAAGACGAGCUCACGCUCCGAAAGGGUGAUUUGGUCGAAGUGCUGUCGCUGGAUUCGGAGAUAUCAGGCGAUGAAGGAUGGUGGGCGGGCAAGGUAAACAACAAAGUUGGUAUUUUUCCCUCGAACUAUGGCUCUUUCAAGCCCAGCAGUUAUGGCAAACUGCCGGGCACCGGUGUGGUCCGUGAACUUGGAACAGCCGUGGUAGGCGGUUUCGAACCCGAGGCAGUGGAUUUUCGGGAACUGAGCCUAGAGGAAGUGAUCGGAGUAGGCGGGUUCGGAAAGGUGUACCGCGGGACAUGGAGAGGAGAGCUCGUGGCCGUGAAAGCGGCCAGACAAGAUCCGGACGAGGACAUCAGUGUAACUGCCCAAAAUGUUCGAAACGAGGCACGAUUGUUUGCCAUGCUCACUCACCCGAACAUCAUCGCCCUCAAAGGAGUUUGCUUGCAGGAACCCAACCUGUGUCUUAUUAUGGAGUAUGCGUCCGGUGGCCCGCUGAGCCGCGCGCUCGCCGGUCGCCGCAUCCCGCCGCACGUGCUGGUGAACUGGGCCGUGCAGAUCGCAAGUGGUAUGCUGUAUCUACACAGCGAGGCCAUAGUACCUGUCAUCCACCGAGACCUCAAGUCCAACAACAUCCUCCUGGCACAGCCCAUUGAGAAGGACAGCAUCGAGGGGAAGACUCUGAAAAUCACAGAUUUCGGGUUGGCACGUGAGUGGCACAAGACGACCAAGAUGAGCACGGCGGGCACCUACGCCUGGAUGGCACCAGAAGUCAUCAAAUCCUCCACCUUUUCCAAGGGCAGUGAUGUCUGGAGUUAUGGUGUGUUGCUGUGGGAGUUGCUGACUGGUGAGGCGCCGUACAGAGGUAUUGAUGGCCUGGCUGUGGCGUAUGGAGUGGCAGUAAAUAAACUCACUCUGCCCAUCCCCUCCACCUGCCCUGAACCUUUCGCCCAACUCAUGUCCGAGUGCUGGGAUCAGGAUCCUCAUCGGCGGCCAAGCUUUGCCUCCAUUUUGGCUCAGCUGACGGCUCUAGAACAGCAGGUGAUGGAGGAGAUGCCUCAGGACUCAUUCCAUUCUCUGCAGGAGGACUGGAAACUGGAGAUACAGGACAUGUUUGACGAGCUACGUGCUAAAGAGAAGGAGCUGCGUUGCCGUGAGGAGGAGCUGAAGCGGGCCGCGUUGGAGCAGAAGUCUCACGAGGAGUUCCUCCGUCAGCGGGAGCAGCAGCUGGCCCAGUGGGAGCAGGAUGUGUUUGAGAGGGAGCUGAGUCUCCUCAUCUUACACAUGAACCAGGAGAAACCAAACGUCAAAAAACGCAAAGGCACCUUCAAAAAACACAAACUCAAAUGCAAGAACGGGGAGAAAAUCAGCAUGCCUCAAGAUUUUAUCCAUAAAAUCACUGUUCAGGCAUCUCCAGGAUUAGAGAAGAGAAGGAAUUCUCCUGAUUUAGGAUCUGGGACUUCCUAUGGACCACGCUUCCGCGCCAUACAAUUGAGUCCCUGUGACAGCGGAUCCAGACCGUUUGGGCUGGGUCCAGUGCGGCCCAUAGAACCUCCUCUGAGGCAGGUUAAUGGUGAGAGGAAACUUGGUUCCCACUGGAGCCCUCAAAGUCCAAAGAGCCCAAAGAGUCCCAAGAUACUGCGUCUCAGUCCUCAGGAGAGCAGUCUGUCCAUGCGGGCGAAGCUAUUGGAGCUGGACAGUAAUGAGAAUGGAGACUCUAAGGCAGACUUUGAGGAGUACAGACCCUCCUCUCCAGAACCAACACAAAAUGGUUCCUCUGUGAAGGAGCCUCCAUGGACGACCCUUCCUGAGGAAGACUCGGGCAGUGAGGAGGGCGGCUCGUCCCCGUGUGGCUCUCCGCAUUCGGACCGUCAUUCGGGUCCCUCCUUCCUGAAGAGCACUCACAGGGCUCUGUUCAGUGGAGCCUCUGUCCUCGCCUCCAUUGCCCUGGGCAGGUUCCUGGAGCCGCAGCCCCCCACCCCUCCCCCGCGGCCACCCCCCAGGACAAGCCUCCCCUCCUUAGAGAUCGACCAUGCUGAACCGACCCCCCCGCCCGAAGACGUGCACGCCGACCCCGUCAUCGUGGACGACCUUAUAACCUUUAGCACCGAUUCGCUUCCCAGGUUAAAUUUUGACGCCUCCUUACCUCCGCCUCAGAGUAAACCCCUCCCGCUGACUCCGCCCCCUCCCCGCCCCCGGGACAGGAGCAGGACCAGGAGCCCGCAGCCUGUAGUGGGAGACUGGACGCCCCAUUCUAAUGGGGAAACUGGAAAUGAGAGUUUUAGUGACUUAGGACAGCGCAGGAGAAGAUCCAGCCCUGGAAUUCACGCGUCUCAGCUAGUUUUGGAUCUCCCUUUGUGUCAGGAUACCAUUGAGGCAGAUGACAAAUCACUUGCUCCGUUUGCUUUGUAUCCGGACCCUCGACUCUGGAGUCCUAAAACCCGCCGUCUGGAGGUCAACAUCAUUCCUCGACCGCGGCCGUCACCCAUCCGACCCCGGAUUGACCCCUGGAGCUUCAUUUCGGCGGGCGGGGUGGAGAAAUCCGGCGCCUACAACGCCAACCAGGCGGGGAGUCCCACGAGUCCUCGUCUGGGUUUCCAACCUUCCCCCACCAACCCUUUCACGAACUGUGACCUUUUCCCCUCUCCGGACUGUGACCCCUUCACCCUCAGGGCUGACCCCUCCAUGUCCCCUGAUCCGCCCUCGCCCUUCGACCCCUUUAUGGCCCCUUUCCCGACCUCGCGUUCCGCACCCUGUUCGACCAACGGAAGUCCCAACCUUUCACUCCGCGUCGCCCCCCUGAACCCUGCGGACUCGCCCCUGAUUGACCUGGACUGGACGAGGGUCAGCAGCAGCAAGCCGACGGACAUUGCUAAAGAGAAGGUGCGGCCCAGGAGAGCCCUGGGACUCAGUCCGUUUAGGUCACCGACCCAACUCAGAGACGACCGGUUCUGAGAACCACCUUGCAGGGAAC